CCUUGAAGUAGUGGUUCCCCUUGCUCUGCAAGGUUCGCGGUUUUUGUGGGGCGAUGGGUAAUGAUGCUUCGUGGGUGACUGUUGUUGAUGUGUGGAGAGGGUCCCUGGUUCGCACCCGGUUAUGGGCGAGGGGAUUGGUCUAAAUUUAUACUGUUACAUUGAUGCUAUUGACCCGGAUCACUGGUUGCUGCGGAAAAGGAGGAGGUCAAAAGGGGGGUGAAUGUAACGGAUGUGAAACGGCUAGCUAGUUAGCGGUGGUGCGUGCUAAAAAAAAGUGCUUCAAUCGGUGACGUCACUUGCUCUGAGACCUUGAAGUAGUGGUUCCCAUUGCUCUGCAAGGGCCCCGGCUUUUGUGGAGCGAUGGGUAACGAUGCUUCGUGGGUGACUGUUGUUGAUGUGUGUAGAGGGUCCCUGGUUCGUGCCUGGGUAUGGGCUCGGGGACGGUCUAAAGUUAUACUGUUACACACACUCAGACGGACGCACACAUGUCCCUGUAUCAGGGACCAGAUAUCAGCAGCGUGCCUGGUCCAAUAAGUUCUCCUCCCAACCUCCACCCUUUUCUGCUGUUGUUGUUUAUUGAUUCUUCAUUUUUCUUAAUAUUUCAAACAUUGGCCAGAACAGCCCCAUAGCCUUUGUCAAACGUUUCUCAAGAGACCAGCAAAUGAACAAUGCUCUCUGCAUGUGAUUUCUCCUCUUAAGGAUUAGGCUAUAGGGCCGCCCCUACAUUAACACUGUUUGGGAUUACUGCAAGCAGCAACUUCUUAGGAAUUUAGGAUUUCACAGCAAGACUGUUUUUUCAGACUCUCAGGUGAGGUCUAAUGGUCAAAUAGCAGCAUAGCAUGUGUCUGUGCUGCCAUAGUGAAUGGACUGGGGAAAACAGGAGCUAUUCUGAAAAAUACAGAAGACAAAAGAAAAUAUAUUUUACAAGGUGAUCAACUGUGAUGAGUCUUGUGAUAUGUAGCCAACAUUAAAGGUUGAUCUGUAAAGGUACAUUUGAAUGUUGUAUGUGAUCAAAUGGUUGACCCUGGGUUAGAGAUGUCUCCAACAAAUAUGAUUUUUUUCCUAUUGAAUGUAGAAGGUACAUUUCCUAAGCUCCCACAUUGUGUCCAACGAACUGGUGGCCAGCAUUCUUCUUCUUCUGGGGAUUUUAUAUAGUGGUUGACAACCAACUUUAAGGUGCAUCACCGCCACCAACUGGACUGGAGUGUAAACCAGUGAGAAUGAAGGUCUAAAUUCUAUUCAAUAUUCUCGUCUCCCUAAGGAAAAUUAAAUAUCGCAUCUCCUGAAGAUUUCCCCAGCAGUUCACUCAAUGUUGGCUAGCGCCAGCCCCUAUAGGCUGAUCGUGCUUGUAUUUGGCCUAGUGACUCUGCUGACUGCUGCGACACAACACGUGUUUGUUGCGUUAUCCAGCAUCCGCAGUGCCACAGAAUCUGAACGCCAUCUGGUGGCGAAUUAUAGCGAAGGAUAAAGUUGUUUUGUUUGUUAUAAAGCAGAACAAACUUAAAUUUUUUUAAUGUGGGGAUUGAUUUAGAUUAACUUGUGUGUGGAACAUUUUAAGACCAUGAAUAAAUCCAGAGUUAACCUUCAUAAGAGGUGGUGGAGAAGCCUCUGUGAUACCAGGAAGUGGAGCCAGUUAGUUUCUGUAGGAAAAAAAAACUAUUAUUCCCAUGAUGCAGUUCAUGUUCCAGUAACAUCCCAUGCUGCGGUUGUUUUUGUUCUGUUGCUGCUGUCAACCAUCACGAGAUAAAUAACGGUCUGUAGGCGGAAUAACGGCAGUAGACUUCAAUUAAAGGUGUUGUCGUUGCAAGUAAGUACUAUCAUCAGGCUUAACGUUGCACGGUUCGCGUGUUUUCCCGCAAUGUUGUCUUCGGUUCCACCGCGGAUCUUCAUGCGAAGGUCGCGCAGCCUUUCCCCGUGCCGUGUGCUCCAGACAAGCACAAAGGACGCCGCGAGGAACCACAUCAUCGUCGAUAAAGCGGACGCCAACCGGAACCCCAUCGUUUCUACCUCCCGUGUCUCCCGUAGAGGAAUUCUGAGCGAGGAGGCGAAAGGCCAGAGUGUGAGCCUGGCCAUACAGUAUCACCAUCUGGCCCCCAGGUGGCUCUCUAAUCUCCAGGGUCGCAGGAGCUCCUGGGCCUCUCUGGCUUCCAAGGGACGCAACAACAACAACCUGUACUGGGAUCAGAGCGGGGAAAGGACCGGGGGACAGAGCGGGAGCAGCCGCCCUUAUGCACUGGCCUCUGCUGGGGUACUGUCCGCUGCAGCCAUGGCCUUCUGCCUCAAGAAGGACUCUGAUACGAAAGGUGAUGCACUUCUGGAGGCUGCAAGGACCAACAGCUCACAAGAUGUGGCAAGGUUGCUGGGCGAGGGGGUGGAGCCUAACCACAGACACCGUCUGGGCUGGACCUCUCUCAUGGUGGCAGCUAUGAACCGCCAGCACAGGUCAGAGAGAGAGCAGUGUGUGUGUGUGUCCGGCUCUUCCUGUGUUAACCUUGUCCCAUACAGACAUAUUGCCACAGUAGAAUGCUCUUAUCACACCAGACGGCUACUAAUGCCCCCUCAACCUUCCCUCCCCCUGCCCUGCACCCUCUAAAUUAAAUUAGCCCCUCCUUAUCCCUGUACACACAGAGAGAGGCAGAGGCUCAGGAGGUGGAGGGUUAAGGUGGGGUGAAUCCAAUUUGGGGAUGGUUGGCCAACGGGCCAUGUUCCUGUGAGACGAAGGGCCCUCCUCAACAGUUAGACACUAGUUCACUGAACCACCCCCCGUCUGAAUACACACACACACCAAAAAGAGGCCUCCAGAAAGUAUUCAAACCGGUCAACCUUUUUCCACAUUGUUACACCCUGAAUUUAAAAUGGAUUUUACAUUUAGAUGUGUUUUUCUCACUUGCCAACAUACAAUGUUUUUGGAAAAUGUUACAAAGUAGUUACAAAUUAAAGCUGAAAUGUGUUGAGUCAAGAAGUAUUCAAGCCCUUUGUUAUGGCAUAAAUAAGUUCAGGAGUAAAAAUGUGGUUAACAAGUCACAUAAUAAGUUGUAUGGACUCACUCUGUGUGCAAUAAUGGUUUUUAACAUGACUUUUUAAUGACUACCUCAUCUCUGUACCCCACACAUACAAUUGUCUGUAAGGUGUCGUGGAAAUUUCCUCUAUUUACCAAAUCAUGGGAGCAAACCACACACACACACACACACACACACACACACACACACACACGUCAGAGUUAGUUAUAAAAGUCCAUCUUUAAUUAUAUGAGCUCUUAUCACAAUCCUGUGACUCUCAGAUAAAUUCAGUGUCUCCCCAGUGAAUUUUCUACAAAUUCUGAAUCUUCCCUAACAAAGGUCCCUCAGUCGAGCAGGGAAUUGCAGAACUGUUGAGACGAAAGUAAAAAAAAAAAAAAAGGUGAAAUGAGGUGAUGUCUUUUUGUCCUUUUUAUUUUUUCUAAUCUUUUGAAGUGUCGCCGUUUCCCAACGUGGGAUUUAAUUUGAAGAUGAAUUCACCUUUCAGCAGGACAAUAACCUAAAACAACAAGGCCAAAUCUACACCAGUUGCUGACUAAGAAGACAGUGAAUGGUCCUGACGGACCGAGCUACAUUUUUAACUUAAAUCUGCUUAAAUCUAUGGCAAGACCUGAAAAUGGUUGUCUAGCAACGAUCAACAACCAAUUGGACAGCUUGAAUAUUGCAAAGAAUAAUAGGCAAAUAAACACAAUCCAGGUUCUUAGACUUACCCAGAAACCCUCACAGCUCUUAGAGACUUACCCAGAAACCCUCACAGCUCUUAGAGACUUACCCAGAAACCCUCACAGCUCUUAGAGACUUACCCAGAAACCCUCACAGCUCUUAGAGACUUACCCAGAAACCCUCACAGCUCUUAGAGACUUACCCAGAAACCCUCACAGCUCUUAGAGACUUACCCAGAAACCCUCACAGCUCUUAGAGACUUACCCAGAAACCCUCACAGCUCUUAGAGACUUACCCAGAAACCCUCACAGCUCUUAGAGACUUACCCAGAAACCCUCACAGCUCUUAGAGACUUACCCAGAAACCCUCACAGCUCUUAGAGACUUACCCAGAAACCCUCACAGCUCUUAGAGACUUACCCAGAAACCCUCACAGCUCUUAGAGACUUACCCAGAAACCCUCACAGCUCUUAGAGACUUACCCAGAAACCCUCACAGCUCUUAGAGACUUACCCAGAAACCCUCACAGCUCUUAGAGACUUACCCAGAAACCCUCACAGCUCUUAGAGACUUACCCAGAAACCCUCACAGCUCUUAGACUUACCCAGAAACCCUCACAGCUCUUAGAGACUUACCCAGAAACCCUCACAGCUCUUAGACUUACCCAGAAACCCUCACAGCUCUUAGAGACUUACCCAGAAACCCUCACAGCUCUUAGAGACUUACCCAGAAACCCUCACAGCACUUAGAGACUUACCCAGAAACCCUCACAGCUCUUAGAGACUUACCCAGAA